GAUGAUGAUGAUGAUGAUGAUGAUGGAGCUAAGAUGGCAGACCAUCUGAGGGUGCUGCCUCUCGGGGGUCAACACAUUUCCAAGGGACAAACAGAAGCGAUCGUGUUAUUUUUGCCGUUUUAUAGCAAAUGUCCUUGUAGCGUAGAAGAAGAAGCUUGUGCCAAUCGGACGACCGGUCGCUGAAUUAGCCCAGAUAACAAGCUUUGAUCCCGGACAUAUUCGUGCAGUUUCCCGCAGCAUUAAACGGACACACUAUAGACGUGCGAGGUGGAUUUAACGAUACAUUGAUCUUUUUUGCACCCGAUGGCCGGAUGUGAUCUAUCUGUUUUCUGUUUCGCUUGGUUUAUGCAUUGUGCUCCAAAACGAUGAUGUGUGCCGCUGCGGCAGCGGCAGCCGCGGCCGCCGCCUGUGGGGGGAUUGUGCCUUCCUCGUCGCCGUCGAUGGGGCUGGGUGUCCGGGUCAUGUACGGACUAGGAGCCGAUCUCUCUACCAUUGGGCCGGGCAUGGGUCCCUGUCCGACGCCCGGAGCCCAGUCUGACUGUCGGACUCGGUACCAGCUUUUGCUCUCAGGGAGAGCCCUGGCGGAAAGGUACAGGAGGAUUUACACGACUGCCAUCAACGAUAAAGAGCAAGGGAUAAAUCAAGGAAGGGGGAAGAAGACUUUGAGUAAGAAGAAGCUGAAAAGACGACAAAAAGUCAAGUCCAAAGUCAAAUCGAGGACAAAGACAGAGAGUUUUGAUGGUGCCCUCUGCGUGCCCGACAUCAAGCUGCACAGUAACCCGUCAGCGUUCAACGUCUACUGCAACGUGCGCCACUGUGUGCUAGAAUGGCAGCAGCGGGAGACCUCGCUGGCGCUGGCCUCCAGGAGCUCGGUGCAGAGCGGCGACUCCGACAGCGAAGAGGAGGAGGAGUACCGCGAGCCGGCCAUCAAACUGCCAAAGAUAAUUGGCAUUGGCCUGUGCGGCGUUUUCGAGCUGAUAAAGGAGACACGCUUCUCGCACCCCUCGCUGUGCCUGCGUAGUCUGCAGGCCUUGUUGGACAUGCUUCAGGGGCAACAGCCCGAGGGCUUCCAGACUGAGCCUCCCGACGUGCUGGAGUCCCUUUUCCAGCUGCUGUUAGAGACCACAGUCCGAAGUACUGGGCCUAACGACCCAACGGGACAGGCCAUCACUGCUCUGUCCUGUGCCUGCCUUUUCAGCCUGGUUGUGUCCUGGGGGGACACCGGCAAAAUACUGCAGGCUGUCUCCGCCAUCCUCACCAACAAUGGCAGCCAUGCUUGCCAGACGAUACAGGUGCCCACAAUACUGAACGCCCUGCAGAGGAGUGUGCAGGCCGUCUUGGUGGGAAAGAUCCAAAUCCAGGAAUGGUUCGGGAAUGGCAUCAAGCGCGCGGCCUUGAUGAACAAAUGGGUGCUGAAAGGCGUCACCAUCGAUGAGGAUGAGCGCUGCCUCCUGCAGACCGACGGCUCAUUUCUCUACUUGCUCUGCAAGGACGGAGUCUACAAAGUGGGCUCCGGCUACAGCGGCACUGUCAGGGGUCAUGUUUACAACUCCACGUCUCGCAUCAGGAAUAGAACAGAGAAGAGAUCGUGGCUGGGCUUUGCUCAGGGCUACUUGCUGUAUCGGGAUACAAGUAACCACAGUAUGUCGGCCAUCAAGAUCAACCCUGAGACAUUGGAACCUGAAGGGGCGGUCACCAUGCCAGGUCAACACUCAGAUGGACAGAACAUACUCUUCACGGACGGAGAACACAUUAACCAAAUAGCAGCCUGCAAAGAUGAUGGUUUUGUGGUGCGCAUCUACACCAUGAGCUCAGACCCGAGCCUGCAGCAGGAACUGCAGCUGAAGCUGGCCAGGAAGUGUCUACAUGCUUGCGGCAUCUCCCUCUUCGACCUCGAGAAGGAUCUGCACAUCAUCAGCACAGGCUUUGAUGAGGAGGCGGCAUUGCUUGGAGCUGGCAGGGAAUUUGCGCUGAUGAAGACUGCUUCCGGGAAGAUCUACUACACAGGAAAGUAUCAAAGCCUGGGUAUAAAGCAGGGAGGGCCUUCAGCAGGCAAAUGGGUGGAACUUCCUGUCACAAAAUCUCCCAAGAUCCUUCAGUUCUCUGUUGGCCAUGAUGGUUCCCACGCACUGUUGGUCGCCGAAGACGGAAGUGUCUUCUUCACCGGCUCGGCGAGCAAAGGAGAGGACGGAGAGUCCACUAAAAGCCGCCGGCAGCCCAAACCCUACAAGCCCAAGAAGAUGAUUAAAUUAGAGACCAAGACAGCAGUGUACACGGCGUGCAACAACGGCAGCAGCAGCAUCAUCACCAAGGAUGGCGAGCUCUUCAUGUUUGGAAAGGACGCCAUUUACAGCGACAGCACUUGUCAGGUGACGGACCUGAAAGGCCACUUUGUGACUCAGGUUGCCAUGGGAAAGGCCCACACAUGUGUCCUGACUAAGAAUGGGGAAGUGUGGACAUUUGGGGUGAACAACAAGGGCCAGUGUGGCAGAGACACAGGAGCCAUGAGCCAGGCAGGCAAAGCGUUUGGCGUGGAAAACAUGGCCACAGCCAUGGACGAAGACCUGGAGGAUGAGCUGGAGGAGAAAGAAGAGAAGAGCAUGAUGUGUCAACCCGGCAUGCACAAAUGGAAGCUGGACCAGUGUAUGGUUUGCACCGUGUGCGGGGAUUGCACGGGCUACGGCGCCAGCUGUGUCAGCAGUGGACGGCCUGACAGAGUACCAGGAGGUAUCUGUGGCUGUGGGUCUGGAGAGUCCGGGUGCUCGGCAUGUGGAUGCUGCAAGGCGUGUGCCAGGGAGCUGGAUGGCCAGGAGGCCAGACAGAGGGGCAUAUUUGAUGCAGUCAAGGAGAUGAUCCCAUUGGACCUCUUGCUAGCUGUGCCUGUCCCUCCCCCUCCAGGAGUGAACAUCGAGGAGCACAUUCAGAUCCGUCAGGAGGAGAAACGGCAAAGGAUCAACCGCCGACACAGGCUGGAGGAGGGACGAGGCCCCAUUGUUUUCCCCGGUACCAUUUUAAUGAACCAGCGUGAGCAGGCCCUAGCCAGAAUAAGACCCCUUCAGGCACUAAGGCAUAAACGGGACAAGCACAAAGACGGAAGCAGCGAGCGUGGUGAGAAAGAUGCCAGUAAGAUAACCACUUACCCGCCCGGGGCAGUCAGGUUUGACUGUGAGGUGCGAGCUGUACAGGUCAGCUGCGGUUUUCACCACUCAGUGGUGCUGAUGGAGAAUGGAGAUGUCUACACGUUUGGCUAUGGUCAACAUGGCCAACUUGGACAUGGGGAUGUUAACUCCAGGGGUUCUCCAACUCUGGUCCAGGCUCUGCCUGGUGCCAGUGUUCAAGUGACAGCAGGCAGCAACCACACAGUUGUUCUUCUUGUGGAUGGCCAGGUUUUCACCUUUGGUAGUUUCUCGAAAGGACAACUCGGGCGUCCCAUCCUUGACAUGCCCUACUGGAAUGCCAAGCCGUCGCCCAUGCCGAACAUCGGUGCCAAAUAUGGACGGAAGGCCACCUGGAUUGGUGCCAGUGGAGACCAGACGUUCCUGCGGAUUGACGAGGCCCUCAUCAAUUCCCACGUGCUGGCUACCUCUGAGAUCUUUGCUAGCAAACACAUCAUUGGGCUGGUGCCCUCCUCUGUGUCCGAGCCGCCGCCUUUCAAAUGCUUGCUCAUCAACAAAAUGGACGGAAGCUGCCGUACCUUCAAUGAUUCAGAGCAGGAGGACCUGCAGGGAUUUGGACUGUGUCUGGACCCUGUGUAUGAUGUCAUAUGGAGGUUCUUACCAGCUUCAAGAGAGAUGUGGUGCUACAACGCGGUGAUAGCUGACGCUAGGAUGCCCUCCGCUACAGACCUACAGGCUCGCUGCAGCAUCCUCAGCCCGGAGUUGGCUUUGCCCGCGGGGUCGCACGCCACCACCACCCGCUCCCACGGAGCGCUACACAUUCUCGGUUGUUUGGACACACUGGCGGCCAUGCAAGAGUUGAAGAUGGGCGUGGCCAGCACAGAGGAAGAGACGCAGGCGGUAAUGAAGGUCUACUCCAAGGAGGACUACAGUGUGGUGAACCGCUUUGAGAGUCAUGGUGGCGGUUGGGGCUACUCUGCUCACUCCGUGGAGGCCAUCCGCUUUUGUUCUGACGCAGACAUCUUGCUAGGCGGGCUGGGCCUGUUUGGUGGACGAGGAGAGUACACCGCUAAGAUCAAGCUGUUUGAACUGGGUCCUGAUGGUGGCGACCAUGAGACCGAUGGAGAUCUGCUGGCUGAGACUGAUGUACUGGCAUAUGACUGCGCUGCCAGGGAGAAAUAUGCCAUGAUGUUUGACGAGCCAGUGCUGCUGCAGUCGGGCUGGUGGUACGUGGCCUGGGCCCGGGUGUCUGGUCCCAGCAGUGACUGUGGAUCCCAUGGACAAGCCACCAUCACCACUGACGAUGGCGUGGUAUUCCAGUUCAAAAGUUCAAAGAAGUCAAACAAUGGUACAGACGUCAAUGCGGGUCAAAUACCUCAGCUACUUUACCGACUUCCUUCAAACGACGGCAAUGCAUCUAAGGGGAAACAGCAGACCAGUGAGCCGGUCCAUAUCCUUAAGCGCUCGUUUGCUCGGACAGUCUCUGUGGAGUGUUUUGAGUCCCUGCUCAGCAUUCUCCACUGGAGCUGGACCACCUUGGUGCUGGGUGUAGAGGAGCUGCGAGGCUUGAAGGGCUUCCAAUACACUGCCACCCUGCUGGACCUGGAGAGGCUGCGCUUUGUGGGAACGUGCUGCCUCCGCCUGCUCAGGGUCUACAUCUGUGAGAUCUUCCCUAUUGCUGCGAGCACCAAAGCUGUGGUGGAGGAGUCGAGCAAGCUGGCCGAGUGCGUGGGCAAGACGCGCAGUCUCCUCAAGAAGAUCCUGUCGGAGAGCAUGGACAACUGCCUGACCAAGCUGGACAAUGACCCGCAGGGCUAUUUGUCUCAGCCUCUCACCCUGCUGGAGGCCGUGCUGCUGGAGUGCCACAACACCUUCACCGCCUGCUUCCACUCCUUCUACCCGACUCCAGCACUGCAGUGGGCCUGCCUCUGCGACCUGCUCAACUGCCUGGAUCAGGACAUUGCAGAGGCCAACUUUCGUACAUCCAGCAGCCGUCUGCUGGCGGCGGUGAUGUCGGCUCUGUGCAACACAUCUGUGAAGCUGACGUCCAUCCUGCCCAUCGCUUACGAUGGCGAGGUUCUGCUGCGUUCACUGGUCAAGCAAGUCAGCACUGAGAACGACUCUACCCUGGCUCACCGCUUUCCCCUGCUGGUGGCCCACAUGGAGAAGCUGAGCCAUACCGAGGAGAAUUUGAUGGGAAUGACUAGCUUCCGGGAGGUGCUGGAGAAGAUGCUGGUGAUUGUGGUACUUCCAGUGAGGAAGAGUUUGAGAAAAGAGGUGGAGCUCUUCUCACCACACCUGGUGUCCAACACUUGUGGACUACUGGCCUCCAUUGUCUCUGAGCUAACAGCCUCUGCCCUGGGCUCUGAGGUCGACGGGCUCAACUCACUCCACUCUGUCAAAGCCUCCCCUAAUCGUUUCACCAAGACAAGCCAGGGCCGCAGCUGGAACACGGGCAACGGUUCUCCAGAUGCCAUCUGCCUGACAGUGGACAAGCCCGGCGUAGUCUUGGUGGGUGUCUGCGUGUACGGAGGCGGCGGCAUCCACGAGUAUGAGUUGGAAGUGCUCGCUGACGACGCACAGACAGAGCACCCUGGGGACUCUGCUCAUUCUCACAGGUGGACAUCUCUGGAGCUUGUGAAGGGGACUUACAGCACUGAUGAUUCUCCGAGUGAUAUUGCAGAGAUUCGCCUGGAUAAGGCCGUGCCUCUCAAGGAAGGGGUCAAGUAUGCUGUGCGGUUGCGUAACUACGGCAGCCGCACUGCCAACGGGGAUGGCGGCAUGACCACGGUGCAGUGCUCCGACAGCGUGUCCUUCACUUUCAGCACCUGUAGCUUGAGCAGCAAUGGCACCAACCAGACGCGAGGACAGAUCCCGCAGAUUCUAUACUACAGGAGCGAGUAUGAUGGUGAUCUUCAGUCCCAGCUUCUGAGCAAAGCUAACGAAGAGGACAAAAACUGUAGUCGAGCGCUGUCUGUGGUGAGCGCUGUAGUCAGAGCGGCCAAGGAUUUGCUUCACAGAGCAUUUGCUGUUGAUGUGGAUGACAUCCCCGAGCUGCUAAGCUCCUCCAGUCUCUUCUCCAUGCUUCUCCCUCUUAUCCUGGCCUACAUAGGACCCGUAGCGGCAUCCGUACCAAAGGCUGCCGUUGAGGUCUUCGGGCUGGUCCAAGAGUUGCUCCCCGCUGUCUCAGCCCUCAACCAAAAGUACGCCCCGCCCACCUUCAACCCCAACCAAUCAACCGACAGCACCACCGGCAACCAGCUCGAGCAGGGCCUGUCCGCUUGCACCACCUCCAAUCACUACUCAGUGAUCGAGAGCGACCACCCUUACAAGCAAGCUGGGGUCACGCAGUACAGGGUUUCCUUCCCCGACUGCGUGCGUUGGACCAGCAUAGAGUUCGAUCCGCAGUGCGGCACCGCUCAGCCGGAGGACGUCCUCCGCCUGCUCAUCCCCAGCCGAACUCUCCACCUGUCCUGCCUGGGGGGAAAACCUCUGGUCCACGACACCAUCAACACAUGGACUGAACUCAAGAAGUUCUCAGGCUCCAUGGGCUGGCCCACCGCGGUUCUCGUUCUGCCAGGAAAUGAAGUUCUCUUUUCCCUGGAAACCGCCUCGGAUUAUGUAAAGGAUGAGAAGGCGUGCUUCUAUGGCUUCAAGUGUGUGGCUGUGGGAUAUGAAUUCAACCCAGGUCCUGAUGAGGGCAUCAUCCAGUUGGAGAAAGAGUUGGCGUACUUGGGCAGUGUGUGCGCUGCAGCGCUUAUGAAGAAAGACCUGGCACUCCCUAUAGGCAGUGAAUUGGAGGAGGACCUCGAGAUCCUAGAGGAGGCCUCCCUUCAGGUGUGUAAAGCCCAUGCAGGGAUCUUGGGGAAGGGUCUGGCCCUGUCCCACCCUCCCAUCAUCCUAGAGGCCUUGGAGGGGAACCUGCCCCUGCACCUCCAAACCAACGAGCACUCAUUCCUGGAGGACUUCAUCACAUGCGUACAGAACUCAAGUGGAGGACGUCUAGCAAGGUGGCUGCAACCAGACUCUUAUGCAGACCCCCAGAAGACGUCUCUGAUCCUGAACAAAGACGAUAUUCGCUGCGGAUGGCCGGCGACCAUCGUCGUGCAGACCAAAGACCAGUAUGGGGAUGUGGUGCAUGUACCAAACAUGAAGGUGGAGGUAAAGGCUGUGCCUGUUUCUCAGAAGAAAUCAAUGCAGCCUGACAAUGUGAAAAAGUUGCAGCGGCUACCCGGAACCUCCUCUGCCGCUGCCGCCUCAUCACCUGGACCCGACCUCACUUUUGGAGGUCUGCCAGCCCCUAAGCUGGAGGCCACGUACGAACCCAUGAUCGUGAAAGAAGCUCGUUACAUCGCCAUCACCAUGAUGAAGGCAUAUGAAAGCUACUCUUUUGAGGAGUUACGCUUUGCUUCCCCAACUCCAAAGAGACCUAGUGAGAACAUGCUGAUACGUGCCAACACUGACGGAACCUACAGUGCCAACUGGACCCCAGGAUCAGUCGGCCUCUACACAAUCCACGUCACCAUUGAUGGAAUUGAAAUAGAUGCCGGUUUGGAGGUUGAAGUCAAAGACCCUCCCAAAGGCAUGAUCCCGCCUGGCACACAGAUGGUCAAACCCAAGGUGGAGCCUCAGCCCAGCAAGGUCCGCAAAUUUGUGUCCAAGGAUAGCGCAGGCCUGCGUGUGCGCAGUCACCCCUCCCUGCAGAGCGAACAAAUAGGCAUAGUGCAUGUCAAUGGCACCAUCACUUUCAUUGACGAGAUCCACAAUGAUGAUGGCGUGUGGCUCAAGCUCAAUGACGAAACCGUAAAGAAGUAUGUUCCCAGCAUGAAUGGUUACACUGAGGCGUGGUGCCUCUCUUUUAACCAGCACCUGGGCAGGAGCCUUCUGGUCCCAGCCGACAGUGUCUUUAACGCUAGCCAUGGAGUCAGGGAUGUUGGAAUUUUCUCGUGGACCCCCUUAACUAUAUUCCCGCCGCAGGAGGUCAGGGGCCAGUCGGAGGACGCCAUAAAGGAGGUGAGCAGCUGCCCUUCCCAUGAAGCUCCCACUCAGGUGCAGAGCAGGGCAGGGCAGGGCAGCGGACCGGGGCUUUAUAAGGUAGUGAAGACCGGCCCCUCCGGUCACAACAUCAGAAGCUGCCCAAACCUUAGGGGUAUCCCCAUUGGAAUGUUAGUACUUGGCAACAUGGUCAAGGCCAUAGGCGAGGUGGUCAACUCAGAGGGAACUUGGGUCCAGCUGGAUAAAAACAGUGUGGUUGAGUUCUGCGAGAGUGACGAGGGAGAGGCCUGGUCGCUGGCCAGAGACCGCGGGGGAAACCAGUACCUUCGCCACAAUGAUGAACAAGCUCUGCUCGAGCACGGGGCCCAGACUCCGCCGCCCAGCCCUUUCUCAGUGCAGGCCUUCAACAGAGCAGCAACCGCCAAUGGAGCUCAGGGCUUUGACUAUGGCAUCUCCAAUAACAAAGGUGACCGGCUGAGCGCCAUACUGAAUUCCAUUCAGUCUGGGCCCUUCCACUCAGCAGCUCCUUCCUCAGUGUUUGAGCAAGCCGCACAACCUCCCUCCUCCUCCUUAUCCUCCUCUUCCUCCGCCUCCUCCUCCUCGUCCUCCUCCUCCUCUUCUUCCUCUUCCCUUGUCCACAGUCCAUUUGUGUUUGGACAGUCCUCCUCCCAACUGUCUCAGCCGCAACCACAGCUUCUGAAUGGUUCAACGCGCAGCCUUGCUUCUCGCGAGCGUGUGCACAAAAGCAGCGUGUCCGCGGCCGGGCAUGGUACUGCUCUCUCAUCUCUCGCUCUGAAGCAAAAGGGUGAACGAGGGAACCUGCUGCCUGGUGCGCGGUCCAUGUCCCCAGCCUCCAAACACCGCCAGGAAAACCGUUCCCCCAAACAGGAGAGUCGAGGAAGCCGCACAUCCGAACACAGUCGAGUAAAGAUGGGCGAGGGGCCGCUCUCGGGAGGCGAUGCCCUCAUCCUGCGGUCUGAUACGGCCAAACUGCGCUCUGACUCUCAUGGCCGCUCUCACUCGCCCAAUCACAACACUCUCCAGGCCUUGAAGUCAGACGGAAGAACAUCGGGCUAUCGGGCCGAGUCGCCCAACGCCGGCUCUCGUUCGUCCUCUCCUAAACAAAAAGGAGUAUCCUCAUCGGGGAGGUCCAGUCCUUCCAGCACCUCGACCCAGAAUUCCUCUUCCCACGACAAGAACCUCCCACCUAAGGUUAGUCCCUCUUCCAAAGCACGGCUUGAACCGCCCAGAGAGAGAUCCAAGUCAGAUUCGUACACUCUGGACCCAGACACCCUUCGAAAGAAGAAGAUUCCUCUUACAGAGCCAUUAAGGGGCCGGUCCACCUCCCCGAAGCAAAAAUUGUCUCCCAGAGAUCCAAAUCAAGGCAUGGUGGGUAACGUGGAAAACCGCGUUCCUUCCUCCCACGUGACCCAAGAAAACUUGCACAGCGAAGUGGUGGAGGUGUGUUCCUCCAGUGCUCUUCUCUCCAAUGAUGACGCAAAUGAUGAAAACCUGGAGGUCCAGGACAAUGAGGAGGCCUCCUGCAAGGUGCACUUCAGCAUUGGCAAAGCACCAGUCAAGGAGGAGAUUGAGAGCCGAUCUUCGCCCAAGGUCGGCCGCAAAACCUCCAGUAGGCAUGCCCGUCCAAAGAAGGACAAAUCAGGUCCCCUUUUUAAAGGUGAGAGCAUGCAGAGGAUCAGCGAGCCCGCCAAGCAGGCCAUGUCACCAUCUGUGGCCGAAUGUGCACGGGCAGUAUUUGCUGCGUUCCUGUGGCAUGAAGGCAUUGUUCAUGACGCCAUGGCCUGCUCGUCUUUCCUCAAGUUCAACCCUGACCUAACCAAAGAACACGCACCCAUACGCAGUUCCCUCGGAGGGCAGGGCACAGAGGAGAAGGAGAGCAAGCUCAAGAACCGCCACUCUUUGGAGAUUUCCUCCGCACUUAACAUGUUUAACAUCGCCCCACAUGGUCCAGACAUCUCCAAAAUGGGCAGCAUCAACAAAAACAAGGUGCUGUCUAUGCUGAAGGAGCCUCCACUGCCAGAAAAGUGUGAAGACGGCAAAGCAGACGCUGUCACAUACGAAAUGACCUCCCAUCCCUCCAUGAGAGCGAAAUCCAUCCUGCCUCUCACACUGCAGCAUCUGGUGGCAUUCUGGGAGGACAUCUCUUUGGCCACCAUCAAAGCCGCCACCCAGAACAUGAUCUUCCCUAGCCCGGGAUCAAGUGCCAUCCUCAAGAAGAAGGAGCACGAAAAGGACAGUAAAAAGUCCAAGAAGGAGAAGAAGAAACGGGAGAAGGCGGAGGUGCGGCCCAGGGGGAAUCUCUUUGGGGAGAUGGCGCAGCUCGCAAUGGGCGGACCGGAGAAGGACACCAUCUGUGAGCUGUGUGGGGAGUCUCAUCCUUACCCUGUCACAUAUCACAUGAGACAGGCUCAUCCAGGCUGUGGCCGCUACGCUGGAGGCCAAGGCUACAACAGCAUCGGUCACUUCUGCGGUGGCUGGGCUGGCAACUGCGGAGACGGAGGCAUAGGGGGCAGCACCUGGUACCUGGUGUGUGAUCGCUGCCGGGAAAAAUACUUGAGGGAGAAACAGACUGCGGCCAGGGAGAAGGUGAAACAAUCAAGGAAAAAGCCCCUGCAGGUGAAGACCCCAAGGGCCCUGCCCACGAUGGAGGCCCACCAGGUGAUCCGGGCAAACGCGUUGUUUCUACUGUCCCUCAGCAGCGCUGCCGAGCCCAGCAUGCUGUGCCACCACCCUCCUCGACCGUUGCACUCCCAGCUGCUUCCAAGCCUCAAGGAGGGCGUGUCGGCGGAGCUGCCCAAUAAGAUGAGCUGCCUCUACCUGCAGACACUUGCCAGGCAACACACAGAGAACUUUGGUGCCUAUCAAGAUGACAAUCUAUUCCAAGAUGAGAUGAGGUAUUUGAGGUCCACAUCUGUUCCUGCACCCUACAUUUCGGUCACCCCGGACGCCUGUCCUAAUGUGUUUGAGGAGCCGGAGAGCAACAUGAAAUCCAUGCCACCCAGUCUGGAGACCAGCCCCAUCACAGACAGCGACACGGCCAAGCGCACUGUUUUCCAGCGGUCUUACUCUGUCGUGGCCUCAGAGUACGACAAGCAGCACUCGCCCUCUCCAGCCCGAGUCAAAGCCGUGCCAAGACGCAGAGUACACAGCGGUGAUGCGGAGGUUGGCUCUUCGCUUUUGCGGCACCCAUCUCCAGAGCUGUCCAGGUUGAUCUCCGCCCACGGUUCCCUCAGCAAAGGGGAGAGGAACUUCCAGUGGCCUGUCCUGGCGUUUGUCAUUCAGCAUCACGAUCUGGAAGGCCUGGAAGUGGCUAUGAGGCAUGCGCUGAGGAAAUCUGCCUGCCGGGUGUUUGCCAUGGAGGCAUUCAACUGGCUUCUCUGCAACGUGAUCCAGACCACUUCUCUGCAUGACAUCCUGUGGCACUUUGUAGCCUCCCUCACUCCAUCUCCUUUCGAGCCCGAGGACGAGGAAGAGGACGAGAACAAGGGAAACAAGGAGAACCUUGAACAGGAACGAGACCUUGGCGUGUGCGAGCACCCUCUGUCAGACAUUGUCAUCGCCGGGGAGGCAGCUCACCCACUCCCUCACACCUUCCACCGCCUCCUCCAGACCAUCUCCGACCUCAUGAUGUCACUUCCUAGUGGAAGCUCGCUCCAGCAGAUGGCGCUAAGGUGCUGGAGUCUCAAGUUCAAGCAGUCCGAUCAUCAGUUCCUGCACCAGAGCAAUGUUUUCCAUCACAUCAACAACAUACUGUCCAAGUCAGAUGAUGGAGACAGCGAGGAGAGCUUCAACAUCAGCAUUCAAUCAGGCUAUGAAGCCAUUAGCCAGGAUCUUUGCCUGGUGACAUGCCUGAAGGACCUGACCAGCGUGGUGGACAUGAAGACGUCCAGUCGUCCUGCCAUGAUCGGCAGCCUCACAGACGGUUCCACUGAGACCUUCUGGGAAUCUGGAGACGAGGACAAGAACAAGACGAAGAGCAUCACCAUUAGCUGCGUAAAAGGCAUCAACGCUUCUAACGUUUCUGUUCAUGUGGACAACUCCAGAGACAUCGGGAACAAAGUGACAUCUGUGACAUUCCUGUGUGGAAAGGCUAUGGAAGACCUCUGCAGAAUUAAACAGGUUGACCUCGACUCGCGUCACAUGGGCUGGGUGACGAGUGAGCUCCCCGGCGGAGAUCACCACGUGAUCAAGGUGGAGCUGAAAGGACCAGAGAACACCUUAAGGGUGCGCCAGGUGAAGGUGCUGGGCUGGAAGGAGGGCGACAGCAUCAAGAUUGUGGGACAGAUCUCGGCCAGCAUGGCGCAGCAGAGGAACUGCGAGGCUGAAACUCUACGCGUGUUUCGCCUCAUCACCUCACAGGUUUUCGGGAAGCUAAUUUGUGGAGAUGCAGAGCCCACUCCUGAGCAGGAAGAGAAAAAUUUGCUUUCAUCUCCAGAAGGAGAGGAGAAGGUGCCGUCAGAUGCAGAUCUCAAAGAGCACAUGGUUGGCAUCAUUUUCAGCAGAAGUAAACUGACCAACUUGCAGAAACAGGUGUGCGCACAUAUCGUCCAGGCCAUCCGCAUGGAGGCCACACGCGUCCGAGAGGAGUGGGAGCACGCCAUCUCCAGCAAAGAGAACGCCAACUCACAGCCCAGCGAUGACGACGCCUCCUCGGACGCUUACUGCUUUGAGCUGCUCUCCAUGGUCCUGGCACUGAGUGGCUCCAACGUUGGCCGCCAGUACCUCGCACAGCAGCUAACACUCAUGCAGGACCUGUUCUCGCUGCUGCACACGGCCUCCCCGCGAGUGCAGCGACAGGUGACGUCGUUGCUCCGCCGCGUCCUUCCUGAGGUGACGCCGGUGCGACUGGCCAGCAUCAUCGGUGUUAAGUCCCUACCGCCGGCGGACAUCAGUGACAUCAUCCACUCCACGGAGAAGGGCGACUGGAACAAGCUCGGCAUCCUGGACAUGUUCCUGGGCUGUAUUGCCAAAGCCCUCACCGUGCAGCUGAAGGCUAAAGGCACCACCAUCUCGGGCACGGCCGGCAUGGUUGCGGGUAAAGGGGUCACCACCGUCACGCUGCCCAUGAUCUUCAACUCCAGUUACAUCCGGCGGGGCGAGAGCCACUGGUGGAUGAAAGGAUCCACUCCUCCUCAGAUUGCAGAGAUCAUCAUCAAGCUGGUCAAAGACAUGGCAGGAGGACAGCUUUCUGACGCGUGGUCACGAGUCACCAAAAAUGCUAUAGCCGAGACUAUCAUAGCUCUCACCAAAAUGGAGGAGGAGCAUCGCUCGCCAGUGCGCUGCAUUGCUACCACAAGGCUAUGGCUCGCCUUAGCUUCCCUGUGUGUGCUGGACCAAGACCACGUAGACAGGCUGUCCUCUGGUCGCUGGAUGGGUAAAGAUGGACAGCAGAAGCAGAUGCCCAUGUGUGACAACCACGACGACGGCGAGACGGCGGCCAUCAUCCUGUGCAACAUGUGUGGCAACCUUUGCACCGACUGUGACCGCUUCCUACACUUGCACCGGCGUACUCGCUCUCACCAGAGACAAGUGUUCAAGGAGGAAGAGGAGGCCAUCAAGGUGGACCUCCAUGAAGGUUGCGGUCGGACCAAGCUCUUCUGGCUCAUGGCUCUGGCUGACUCGAAAACAAUGAAGGCCAUGGUGGAGUUUAGGGAGCACACAGGUAAACCAACUUCCAGCAGCUCGGACGCAUGCAGGUUCUGCGGAACAAGGAACGGAACAGAGCUGUCGGCGGUGGGAAGCGUCUGCUCGGACCCCGACUGUCAGGAAUACUCCAAACUGGCAUGCAGUAAGACCCACACUUGCGGACAUCCGUGCGGUGGCGUCAAGAACGAGGAGUCCUGCCUGCCGUGUCUGCAUGGCUGCGACAAGAACACUGGCUGCUUGAAACAAGACGCCGACGACAUGUGCAUGAUCUGCUUCACCGAGGCGCUCUCUGCUGCCCCCGCAGUACAGCUGGACUGCACGCAUGUAUUCCAUCUUCAGUGCACCCGUCGUGUUCUGGAGAACCGCUGGCUCGGACCCAGGAUCACUUUUGGUUUCAUGUUGUGUCCAAUUUGCAAGAACAAAAUCAACCACUCUGUGAUCAAAGACCUGCUGGACCCCAUCAAAGAGCUCUACGAGGACGUGAGGAGGAAGGCGCUGAUGAGACUGGAGUACGAGGGUCUGCAUAAGAGCGAGGCCAUCACCACGCCAGGUGCACGUUUCCAUAACGACCCUGCAGGCUUCGCCAUGAACAGAUACGCGUACUACGUCUGCUAUAAGUGCAAAAAGGCCUAUUUCGGGGGAGAGGCCCGUUGUGACGCAGAAGCAGGACAAGGUGACGACUACGACCCCAGCGAGCUGAUAUGUGGCGCAUGCUCAGAUGUCUCCAGGGCUCAGAUGUGUUCCAAACACGGCACGGACUUUCUGGAGUACAAAUGUCGAUACUGCUGCUCGGUGGCCGUGUUCUUCUGCUUCGGCACCACACACUUCUGCAACGCCUGUCAUGAUGACUUCCAGAGGAUGACCAGCGUACCCAAGGAGGAGCUGCCACAUUGUCCCGCAGGUCCCAAAGGCAAGCAGCUGGAGGGGACCGAAUGUCCUCUCCAUGUGGUCCACCCACCAACAGGGGAGGAGUUCGCUUUGGGCUGCGGGGUGUGCAGGAAUGCUCACACCUUCUAAAAAGCCAAGACCUUCUACCUUGGCAAACCACUUUGUCCACUGUGAUUUCUGGCUAGAUCGCAAGCUGUUAGCAGCUGGAGCUCAGCGCGUGAAGCUUGGCGUCAUCCUGCGUCUCCACCCCCUCUCGGGAUAAACGGGUCCAGGUUCCUAGGCUAGCCCAGAGUCCUCAGGUGUGCUCUCCUAUACCAGUCAGCAAUUCAGACUUUGGGAUGCAGAGUAACCUGAAAAAACGAGCAAUGAUUUAUUUAAAAAAAAGAAAAAGAAGAUAACCUGUGGUGUGUUUGCAUGCGGCCGUCGUAUUCCCUCGGCUUCUAUAGACGUUGCACACCUCCUGAUCACUUUUUGUCUAAAAAGAAAAGAAGAAACAGGCAGUAUUUCCAGCUUCCUAAUUAUCUUACAUUUAUUGUUGUACGUAAACACUUUUGGUAACCUUGUACAGUAUUCUCAGCUGUCAAGUGCAUCGUGAAUUGGCAACAAACAUCAUUGGGGGUAAUAAGACUGUUAUUGUUUGGAAGGAAAGUGGUGGAUGUAAUCUUGUGUAUAUAUAAUACUAUUCAAAAAUGGGCUGUAUUGCUACUUCUCACUUUCUUUGAUCAUUCUGGGUUUGUGUUUGGAGCCAGAACUUUGAAUGAAGUGCAAUACUGGGCGUGCCUCCUAUUUUGCAGCUGUUUCAAAAAACAAAACAAAAAAAAACUAUGGAAUGUAUGUCAAUAAAGCCACUGUACAUUUUUA